UAUUCAAAGCUUUGACCCUUUUCCUGAGGCCAGAAAUCCUUCCUGCAUGCUGCAUAAUGAAGGGCGAGGACGAUCGAGGGAAAAAGCAAGUUGUUCUUGGCUGCGAGAUGUGGCGUCGGCUCUGGAAUCGAAACUCAGAGUAGAGGCUCUCCGCCACCGGCGAAUUAGAGCUGCUUGUCGUAAUUACGUCACCACUGUCUGCUUUAUCGCCGGCAUCGGUGCCGGAUUCCGAGAAGUCUUGUGCGGUGGAAUCUUGCAGGAGGUCAUUUGGAUUACCGUCCGCUGUAAUUGGAGCUGUCGAAUGAGUAGCGAUACGGUUGGUGCCGCCAUUGCUUUCGGCAUCGGAGAAUUCUAUGGCGGCGGUACUUUGCUGAUUAUCCGUCGGGUUUUCAUCCGCCAUGAUUUGGAAUUUUUGAGUCACAAAUUUAACAAGUGUUCAAUUCCGGGAAGAGCUGAACUCGCAUUCCCAGACAGCCCAAGGAAAAUAAAUUCCUCACACAUCAAACCCUUUCCUCAUUCCAAGCUGCUGUUCACUGUAGCUCCCACAAACGAAGAGAAGAAAAUGCCGCUAGGGUUGAUUUUGGGAUUAGGGAGGGCGUUUAGAAGGAAGCGUACAUCGUCUCUAGACAUCCUGACUUCAAAGAGGAGCCCUCGAGGCUAUUAUAAGGGCAAAAACUGCAAGCCCACUGGUUUUCAUACGCGAAAAGGUGGCUAUGUAGUGGUGCCUGAAAAGCUGCCAAACUAUGUGGUACCAGAUCUAACUGGCUUCAAGUUAAAACCAUACGUGUCACAAUGCGCCACAACAGAAGCAGCUAGCUCGAACAAA